AUAAAUUCUGAAACUGUGCAAGUGCUUUUAAUAUUAAAAAAUAUGGAGAAAUCAACAAUGUCAGUUAUACUAUUUGUGUUGCAUCUUCUUGUUCUUCAUCUUCAGUAUUCAGAGGUUCACUCGCUUGCCAAUACUUCUGCUCAUGAUUUUAGCUACUUGAAGUUUGUGUACAACGCCACUGAUACAAGCUUGGAAGGAUCAUAUGACUACAUUGUAAUCGGUGGAGGAACAUCAGGGUGUCCAUUGGCAGCAACUUUAUCAGAAAAAUACAAGGUGCUUCUUCUAGAAAGAGGCACUAUUGCUACAGAAUACCCGAACACGUUGACUGCAGAUGGGUUUGCAUAUAAUCUGCAGCAACAAGAUGAUGGAAAGACGCCAGUUGAAAGGUUUGUGUCCGAAGAUGGCAUUGAUAAUGUGCGAGCCAGGAUCCUCGGUGGCACGACCAUAAUCAAUGCAGGCGUCUACGCCAGAGCUAACAUUUCAUUCUAUAGUCAAACAGGAAUUGAAUGGGACCUGGAUUUGGUCAAUAAGACAUAUGAGUGGGUUGAAGACGCCAUUGUGGUCAAGCCAAAUAAUCAAUCUUGGCAAUCUGUUAUAGGAGAGGGAUUCUUGGAGGCGGGUAUUCUUCCAGACAAUGGAUUUAGUUUGGAUCACGAAGCAGGAACUAGACUCACCGGCUCAACUUUUGACAAUAAUGGAACGCGACAUGCGGCUGAUGAACUGCUUAAUAAAGGAGACCCUAAUAACUUGCUAGUUGCAGUUCAGGCCUCAGUAGAGAAGAUCCUCUUCUCUUCCAAUACAUCAAAUUUGUCAGCUAUUGGAGUCAUAUAUACGGAUUCUGAUGGAAACUCUCAUCAGGCAUUUGUACGCGGUAACGGAGAAGUUAUUGUUAGUGCAGGGACAAUCGGAACGCCUCAGCUUCUACUACUUAGUGGCGUUGGACCAGAGUCUUACCUAUCUUCUCUCAACAUCACAGUUGUUCAGCCGAAUCCUUAUGUUGGGCAGUUUGUGUAUGACAAUCCUCGUAAUUUCAUUAAUAUUUUGCCCCCAAAUCCAAUUGAAGCCUCUGUUGUAACUGUUUUAGGCAUUAGAAGUGAUUAUUAUCAAGUUUCUCUGUCAAGCUUGCCAUUUUCCACUCCACCCUUUAGUCUUUUUCCUACAACAUCUUACCCCCUCCCAAAUUCGACUUUUGCUCAUAUUGUUAGCCAAGUUCCAGGACCAUUGUCUCAUGGUUCUGUCACGCUAAAUUCAUCAUCUGACGUGAGAAUCGCUCCAAAUAUUAAAUUCAAUUACUAUUCAAAUUCCACAGACCUUGCUAAUUGUGUUAGCGGCAUGAAGAAGCUUGGUGACUUAUUAAGGACAAAGGCAUUAGAACCAUAUAAAGCUCGAGAUGUGCUGGGAAUUGACGGUUUCAAUUAUUUGGGAGUACCUUUGCCAGAGAACCAAACAGAUGAUGCAUCCUUCGAAACAUUUUGUCUAGAUAAUGUAGCUUCAUACUGGCAUUACCACGGUGGAAGCCUUGUUGGGAAAGUGCUUGAUGACAGUUUCCGUGUUAUGGGGAUCAAAGCAUUACGCGUUGUUGAUGCCUCCACUUUCCCUUACGAACCAAACAGCCAUCCUCAGGGCUUCUAUCUGAUGUUAGGAAGGUAUGUGGGCCUUCAAAUCCUGCAAGAAAGGUCAAUCCGGUUGGAGGCUAUUCAUAAUAUUCAAGAGUCCCAAGUGAAGUUCUUGGAUUUCCUCAAUUCCACAUUAUCCUCUGCUUUUUAAGAUUAAUUAAUAAACCCUCGAGAUCUGACUCAAGUGGGAUUAGUGUUUCGCUUGCAAAGAGGGGUUAGGCUCAUUAUAUAUAUCCCCUACCUCUUUAUUUCUUGUUGAAUAAAUUUCCCUUGUCAUGUCGAGGUUAUUUAAAAAUUAAAUAAAAUAAAUAAGAAUCCUUUGGUAGAA